ACAGUUGAGCGGGAGAGAAAUGCGGAAAUGGGGGAGAUGGGAUAGGAACAAUAGCCGAGAAUGAUGGAACCCAUUGGUUGCGGUUCUUUUUCUGCCUCUUCCAUUCCACGUGUUUCUUCCUUCUUUCUUUCUUUUAUUGCUUUCAUUCAUGGGUGUAGUUUUUCUUUUUCAACGUCUGGUCUUCUUCCUUCGUUCCAUGUUCCCCUUAUCAUCCGUUAAUCCCAAUAACCACCCACCACCUACACUUCUAUCCACCAUUUUUCAUUUCCCAACACGAAAACUACGGAACCCAUCCCAUACCAUGCUCAGAAGCGAGAAAUUGUCAUCAUCUAUGUGAUUUCAAUCAUAUUAACACUUGAUUGUUAUCAGCAGGUCAGUUUCUUUUUCCUCUGUGUUUUUCAUGGGGUUCAUUUGUAUUGAAUAUUGAAGUUGAAAUGGGUGAAUAGGUAAAUAAAUUCGAGAUAAUGCUCCUGGGCACCACCCUUUUCCAUUCAUUGGAAAAGUUGAAUGAGCAGUGAUGCCCAUGCUUGGAGAUGGAUGGUUCCUUGUUGCUUUCUGGGCAUAGUCGCAGUAGCUGGGGCGUAUGGACAACCACAAGUCACAAAUAGUUGGAAUUCACUCCCAUCUCGAAGUCAGUUUCUUUCCCCCUCCUUUGCAAAUAUCAAAAUUUAGAGCUUUGCUGAACAUUUGUUACAAGGCAUAUUGCAUUUGGCAUUUGGUACUAAAAUCUGAUGGACGAGUGUGUGUUCCCCAGAUGGGAUCAUUAGAGGAAAGAGCAGUGCUUGAGUUUGAGGACGAGAGUCUUUUUAGCCCAGACUCAGCUUCUAGAAAGACACAUUCCCGGGAGGGUCCCCUGGUAUUGGCGCCGUCUCCUGCUUCAGAAACUUCUGGUACUAAAUGCAUGAGUAAUAGCAUCUUCAAUAGCAUAAAGGUUGUGGUCUUCUCCACCAAAAUCAACCUACUUGUGCCCUUUGGCCCCGCGGCAAUUUUGGUGGAUAAGUUUACUAACAAUCACGGUUGGGUCUUCUUUCUUAGUUUACUGGGCAUAAUACCUCUGGCUGAGCGAUUGGGUUAUGCUACAGAGCAGUUAGCUUUGUUCACUGGUCCUACAGUUGGGGGUUUGUUAAAUGCCACCUUUGGAAAUGCCACAGAGUUGAUAAUAUCAGUUUAUGCACUGAAGAAUGGCAUGAUACGUGUUGUUCAACAGUCAUUAUUGGGCUCAAUUCUGUCGAACAUGUUGCUGGUGCUUGGAUGUGCAUUUUUCAGUGGAGGAAUGGUUUUUUCUAAGAAGGAACAGGUGUUUAGCAAGGCAGCUGCUGGAGUGAACUCAGGGUUGCUGUUGAUGGCAGUCAUGGGGCUUCUGUUUCCAGCUGUCCUCCACUUCACUCACACUGAAUUGCAUUUUGGGAGUUCUGAGUUGGCCCUUUCAAGAUUUAGUAGCUGCAUUAUGCUUGUGGCAUAUGCUGCCUAUCUUGUUUUUCAGCUGAAGAGUCAGAAAAACCUUUAUGUUCCAGUCGAUGAGGGCGGGGACCAAACUGAAGGGGAUGAAGAUGAAGCUCCUGAAAUUUCCAAGUGGGAAUCCAUAAUAUGGCUAACUAUUUUGACUUUGUGGAUUUCAGUCCUCUCAGAGUACCUAGUUAAUGCCAUAGAGGGGGCAUCUGUUGCAUGGAAAAUGCCAAUUGCAUUUAUUAGUGUUAUCCUGCUCCCAAUUGUUGGGAAUGCAGCAGAGCAUGCAAGUGCAAUUAUAUUUGCCAUGAAAGACAAACUUGACAUUUCCUUGGGAGUGGCAAUAGGCUCAUCAACACAAAUAUCGAUGUUUGGGAUUCCCUUCUGUGUGGUUGUUGGGUGGAUCAUGGGACGUCCUAUGGACUUGAAUUUUCAGCUUUUCGAGACAGCCACCCUUUUCAUGACUGUCAUAGUUGUGGCCUUCAUGUUGCAGGAGGGAACUUCCAACUAUUUUAAAGGAAUAAUGCUCAUCUUUUGCUAUCUGAUAGUUGCUGCAAGUUUCUUUGUACAUAUUGAUCCAACUUCUAUAGUGGAUAAGCCCUCUAAGCAUUAGAAAAUAACCAGCAAUGGAUCAUGGACAACGGAUCUCCUAAAGCUCAAGCUCCAUUUUCUGCACUGGGAAUGGGGGUUUUUGCAGAGGACAAUCCCCAGAGUUGACUGAACUGAUGGGUUCAAAAGGUGGAACUGCUAAAGCACAAGGACCAUUCAUCACAAGUGAAGCAUUUCCCAACUUUCAGGAUGGUGUUGUUUGAUGAGCAGCCAGUGGAUCCUCCCUUGCUUCCCCCAGAUGGCUGGAUACAAAGUGUACUGUAGAUUCCAUAUUGAAUUUAAGAUAGUAGGAAAAGCAGUAUCUCCAAUGUAAUUUUACAAGUUGUACACCAAUUUUCUCUUGCUAACUCAUCUCAAAUGGCUAAUUUAUUCGGACUAGUUCUUGUUCA